UCAUUGCGGGCAUUUAUUCGACUUUGGAACAUUUAAUGCAAAUGCCACUUAAAUAUGAACAAAUGUGAAUCAUUGUUCAUGUUUAGACAUUUAUUUUGAAUGUAUCGUGAAUAAUAGAGGUUAUUGACACUUUUCUACCAUUAUGUAGGAGACUUUUAUAUAGAGCGUUUCCAAAAUUCCGUGACCCGGAAGUAUUUAAUUUUUGUGUUGCCGAAGGAGACGUUGAUGAUAACAGUGCAGCUAACCAGACAUUCUGGUUAUUAGAACGGCGAAAAUAAAGGCUCUUGUCACUCUGGGGACUCUUGGAACUUCUCUCUCUCUCUCUGUGUGUGUGUGAGUGUGUGAAAGAGAGGAAAAAGUGAGUGUGUGUUGCUGCCUAUCUCUGCACCUCCUUGGAGGAUGACCAUGGAAGAGAUGAGGAUUGAAACCGAGACAAACUCCAUGGUCUCCAUGACGCUAUACGCUGUCAUGUACCCAGUUUUUAACGAGCUGGAGAGGAUCAACUUGUCAGCUGCCCAGACUCUGAGAGCAGCUUUUAUCAAGGCGGAGAGGGAGAACCCAGGCCUAACUCAGGACAUCAUAAUGAAAAUUCUGGAGAAGAAAAAUGUUCAGAUAAACUACACAGAGUCUCUGCUGCGCAUGGCUGCAGAUGACGUGGAAGAGUUCUUAGUGGACAGGCCAGAGCAGGAGUUCCAGGACCUAAAUGAGAAAUCCAGAGCUCUGAAACACAUCCUCAGUAAGAUACCUGACGAGAUCAACGACAGGGUACGCUUCCUUCAGACAAUUAAAGACAUCGCCAGCGCUAUAAAGGAGCUCCUGGAUACAGUCAAUAACGUCUUUAAGAAAUACCACUACCAGAACCGUAGGGCUCUUGAGCAUCAGAAAAAGGAGUUUGUCAAAUACUCCAAAAGCUUCAGCGACACUCUCAAAACCUACUUCAAAGAUGGAAAGGCGAUCAACGUGUUCAUCAGUGCGAACAGACUGAUUCACCAAACCAACCUCAUUCUGCAGACCUUCAAGACCGUCAUAUAGGGUUGCCUUGGAGAGGCCGUCCAAUCUUCCAAUGAAGCAACAUUAAAAAUGGCAUAUGAUCGGAGAGCACCUUUUACCAGAUUUAAAUGUAAAAUAGAGGCUUGAUUUUAUCGGACAGUUUUAAUUUAUACCCUUGAAGUGCGUUCAACAAGGCUGAUGUUAGCGGUGAAAUACGUCAGCUUUUAAACUGUUAGCUAACGUUAGUGAAUGUUUAAUGGCGAAAAUCUAGCAUAUGUGAUAGCUUUUUUAGUUAUCCCUAGCUACUGUUUAAUUGUUUGAAUCAGCAUUUAACGUUUUGGGACAGUCUUGUUGAUCGGGCUGUGACGAUACCAGUAUGUCAAUAUUUUUUCCAUGGCAAAAAUGAAAACAUGAGGCAGGCUCAACUCUUUGGUCCUAUGAAUACUUGCUGUAUGUAAAAUAUUCUGUGCUAUAUCUUAGAAUAUAAAUGUGACCACAAAAUGAUAUUUGUUUCCAACAUUAGGGCUGUUUUCCUAAAGAUGUUAAAACCCGCUUUGUGUUUUGUUUCUUGCCACGGUAUUAAUGAGUAUCGUGAUACUGGUAUCUUCCUGGCCCUACUUGUUGAACACACACCUGGUUUUGUUAGAAGUAGAGGAGACGAGGCGUUUAUCAGACUAAUUGCCAUUUUUGAUAAUAUAUAUUAAUGUGAUUACUUUACAUUAGGUUCAAGGUAGAAGUUGCCCCUAACCAAAUAUCUAGGAUCAGAUUACCUUUCCCCAAUCCUAACUUUAACUGUUACUGGGAUGAAGAAUACAGUUAGCUCCAAAAGUAUUUCAUUUUUUGUUGUUUUGGCUGUGUACUCCAGCACUUUGGAUUUGAAAUGAUACAAUGACGGAGGUUAAAGUGCAGACCAUCAGCUUUAGUUUGAGGGUAUUUUCAGCCAUAUCGGGUGAAUUGUUUAGAAAUUACAGCACUUUUUGUACAUAGUCCCCCCAUUUAUAGGGGACCAAAAGUAUUUGAUACAAAUUCACUUAUGUGUAUUAAAGUAGUAAAAAGUAUUUGGUCCCAUAUUCAUAGCACACAAUGACUACACAUUUGUUGGAUGCAUUUGUGGUUUGUUUUGGUUGUGUUUUAGAUUAUUUUGUGCCCAAUAGAAAUGAAUGGUAAGUAUUGUGUUGUCAUUUUGGAGUCACUUUUAUUGUAAAUAAGAAUAGAAUGUUUCUAAACUCUUCUACAUUAAUGUGGAAGCUAUCAUGCUUAUGGAUAAUUCUGAAUAAAUUGUGAACAAUGAUGUUAGACGCACAAAUAUCAUACCCCCCAAAAUGCUAACCUCCCCUGUUAUUGUAAUGGUGAGAGGUUAGCAUGUUUUAGGGGUAUGAUAUAAAAUGCUAACCUUCCCUGUUAUUGUAAUGGUGAGAGGUUAGCAUGUUUUAGGGGUAUGAUAUUUGUGCAUCUGUAACUUUCUCACUCAUCAUUAUUCACGAUGCAUUCAGGAUUAUCCGUUAUCAUGGUAGCAUCCACAUCAACGUAGAAGUGUAUUCUAUGACAGUCUGCACUUUAACCUCAUUGUCGUUGUAAAAUUUCAAAUCCAAAGUGCUGAAGUACAGAGCCAAAAUAACAACAACAGCAGCAAACAUAAUUUUGGAUCUCACUGUAUCUGACCCUGUGUCAGUGUUUAGGGGCAACUUCCUCCUACAUCUGCUAUAGCUUCUUAAUCAUGCUUUCAGAAUGGAAACUGCUUUCACUACCUACUGUGCAUCUCAAGUGUCUCCCUCUCCUACGAGAAAGUAAUAUGAUGUUCUAACCCUACUGGGUAUGACCUUUCACCUGUCCAGUCUUUACAGAUGAGUGCAGAGGAAGGGAGCGGUGUGAGGAUAGGAAAUCUUGUUAGAUUAUUGAGAUGCACCCCUAUUCUACUAUCUUUUAGAAGACAGAAAACCAAAAGAAUUUAUGCACAGAGUUGCUGAAACCCAAAUAGACUCCGGGACGAAGGGGUAGGGGCGGACUAGGGAGGGAUCGAUUUGGGAUUCAUAAAGUAACAUUCUCACACUGUCUGUGUGUGUAGCUACAGAGAGCAUGACUGAGGAGAGAGGAGGGUUUGUAAAAGGAGUCUGUCCCUGAUGUUUAAAGAUGAAGGGAUAGAAACGGCUCCAGGUUGAAGCUGUCUCUGUAUUUAACUGAUACUGUAGGUCUGGUGGCAAAUGUUCAAUAAAUUGUUUUCUAAUGAUGCA